AUGGAGAAUUACCAGGAGAAACAAAGAGUUCUGCAUAUGGUCUUCAUCGACUUAGAGAAAGCUUAUGACCGAGUGCGGCGCCAAGAAGUCUGGAGAGGGUUACGAGAGCGAGGAGUACAAGAAAAAUAUGUAAGGAUGAUCCAGGAACGCUACAAUGACGUGACAACGAGAGUUAGGAGCACAGUGGGCAUGACAGAACACUUCGAAGUAAAGGUCGGCUUACACCAGGGAUCGCCACUGCUAUUCAAUAUAGUGUUUGAUGUCAUCACAGAAAAUGUAAGAGAAGAACCACCAUGGUAUUGUUCGCUGAUGAUAUUGUGCUAG